AGAAGGCUGACGCACCUCAUUUGUCUCUUUAACAAACUCUCAAGCGCUGAGUGACUCAUGUUUAAAGUCCUGCAGCAUCACCAGAGCUCAGGAGGACACACACACACACACACGCACACACACACACACACACACACACACACGCACGCACGCAUACAUACACCUUCAGAUGCUGAAGACUCAGGACACACACAGGUGAGACCCUCAGAACAGCGUCAUCUCUCACUGACAUCAUCGUCUCAGCGCUCCUCAGGUUUGGUGCUUGUGUUUGUUGAGUCCCUCAGCGCUGAAGCGUCUUUAACGUCGUCCAGCAGGAAUAAAGUUCAAACUUCCUCCAGGACGAUCCACACCCGAGAAAGAAGACAAUCAUGUCUUCCAGCAUGAGUUCCAGCAAGCCUCACGUGUACAUCGACGUCCCAGCGUUCCCACACGGCCACGUCAUGCCGUACUCUGCUGAGGAACAUUCCAAGACCUUCUACGGUUUUCCGAGCGUGCCGGAGUACCUGUCCCGCUUUGACAUGCUGCUGUCUGAGGACACGGCGUGGAUCAUGAGGAAGACCGACACGUUCACGUCCAUCGACAGGGAAGAGGAGGUGUUUCAGUGUAAGGAGGCGGGGCAGGACUCUGUGAUUGACAGCACGGCGGGACACCGCGGUCUGUGCGCGGGUCUGAGCGGACAGACGGACGUGGAGGACAGGUGUCUGGAGCAGGUACAGAGUUUAGUACUGGAUGAGGUGCUGAAGGACAUCGAGACGGCGUGCAAACUUCUCAACAUCACUCCAGAUCCUGCAGAAUGGAGCUCGGGACACGUGCAGAAGUGGUUGUUGUGGACGGAGCACCUGUACCGACUCCCGCAGGUGGGAAAAGCCUUCCAGCACCUGAGCGGCAGCGACCUGUGUGUGAUGAGUGAAGACGACUUCAGGCAGCGCUGCUCGCCGUGUGGAGACGUGCUGUUCGCCCACCUCGACAUCUGGAAGUCCGCCGCCUGGAUGAAGGACAGAUGUUCGCCUCAAUCCAGCAGUUUUAUUGGAGCAGACGAGCUGUGUGCUGAAGCGGACUCGUCCUGCAGCGGGCAGCCCAUCCACCUGUGGCAGUUCCUCCGAGAGCUGCUCCUCAAACCACACAACUACGGACGCUCCAUCCGCUGGCUCAACAAGGAGAAAGGAAUUUUUAAAAUCGAGGACUCGGCCCACGUGGCUAAACUGUGGGGGAUCAGGAAAAACCGUCCCGCGAUGAACUACGAUAAACUGAGCCGCUCCAUUCGGCAGUACUACAAGAAGGGCAUCAUUAAGAAGCCGGACGUGUCUCAGAGACUCGUUUAUCAGUUCGUCCAUCCGGUCUGAGGACAUCAGCAGGGAAACAUUUCACCCCGGGACGUACGGAGCGCUGGAACUCCAUGGAUUUAAACUUUCCUUUGCUUCACAUUUCAGUGACUCUUCUGAGAGGAAAUAAAACUGAAGACGAGGACGAGGCGUCGGAAACAUUUCUAAACUUAACGACUGAAUCUGUGACGGCGUUUAGCCUUCUGCAAAUCCUGCCUUGGUUUAAAGAGAGUACGUUUCAUGGAUCGUUGUUUGUGUUAAUCAUGAGGACGUCAUCGCCAUUUCAUUCUGUGUGUGUGUGUGUGUGUGUGUGAGAGACAGGGUGGUGUGAUGAAGCGGAGUUACUGUUAUCACCCUGAAGUUGAUUAUUUUCCUCUAACAGCACGUCCCCGAGUGUUUUAUUCCUCUUACACCACAGCAACUUAACAACGAUUUUUUAUUUAUUGAAGAGCAAUGUCAUACUUUUUAUCCAUUUAUAGUUACACUUAAGGUUGUGCAGGUUGUCGCUUACGUUAUAGCAGCUAUAAACACUCGUUCCCUCACCUGCCUCUUUUUAUUCUCUCUUCAAGUUAAUAAGACAAAAAAACGCAGCUUGUUCCGCAUGUUACUGAGAAACCGCAAAGAAGCGUAAACUCCUCUGUGUCAGAAAACACACAUUUUUCUUUUAAAUCUGUUUAUCAGUGGAGCGUUCGCUGUACACGUCCCUGUGAACGAGCUGUUGCUAUAGAAACAAUAAUGUAUUUGUACGAGAGCAUUAAUAUAAACCUGCGCUCCUGUCAGAGCUGCUGUUAUAGAAAACUAAUCAACACCUUCUGACCAAUCAGAGUGCGGAAUUCAGCAGUGCUGUGGUGUAACAGAUUUGUUACAUCAUUGUGGGCGUGGCUUUGUCAUGAGAGAACCCGUGUGUUCUGCGUGUGUUCUGCGUGGUGUGUUUAUUCAGCGCCGACGGUUCUGCACUCGCCUGUUUGCUCUCGAGGAGUCUCGAGUUGUUAAAAACCCACACGGAUGUUUAGUGACAUGCAAAGCGCCCGAGCCUUCCAGCGUUUCCUUCCUCGCUGUUAUUCACGCGUGUGUGAAUGUACGCAGCGUUACACCACUUUUCUGUUAAAAAUUAAUGAAGACAUUUCUAACAUUUCGUGACUGUGAUUGUAAUAAACACUACUGUGUUUGUGUUUGUGUCAAAUUCACUGUGAAGAGUUUUAACCUUUUAGAUUGUAUUUAAAACCUUCUUCUCUUAAACACUCACACACUUCAUAACUGAUGAUCAAAACCGACGUCUAAAACGUUUCAGAUUAAUAAUUAAACAUGAACACGAACAGGAUCCCACACUGAACACUGAAACCGUGUGAAGGCUUUGAGCUCCUUUUCAUAACAAACUCCACGAUGAAGAGCUUCAUUACUGCAUUAAUAACCAGCAUGUUUUAUAAACGUUUGUAUUAUUAAAGCACCGUAAUAAAGACAUCAUCCUCGUGUAAAUGUUUUACUGCAUCAGUUCACUUUUACAAACGAGGUUCUGCGGGUGUUUUUGAGACUCACGUGAAGUGAAUUCCUAUAAAUCUAUAAAUCUCUAUAAUUCUCAGCAAUAACAUCAAUAACAAUCUGAACGUGUGAAAUCUGUAUGAAACUCACUGCAGUGUUCUGUGGACAGUAAAGUGUAAUGUACAGCAUAUUUCACAUUAAUGACGAUAGAAGAACAAGCUGAAAUCAGGGUGUGUUAAAUCUAUAUCUUAAAUCUAGUUAAUAAUUUAAUUUAAAGUUCAAUAAUAAAGUAAUUAUCAUCAUCUCAUUAUAGUUCAUCAAUUAUAGAUGAAUGAUUAAUUAAGGAUCAAUUCUAAAAUAUAUUUUAUACAAUAAAUUAAGAGUAUC